GCAGUGUGUAUAUCUUUAUAGCACUCAUAAACAAUUUUAUGAAGAACAGGCUAUGUAGUUAAAGGCUGGGCCAGAGCCUCACCCUGUGGAGGGAGGUGUCUGUGAAACUUUUCUACAGAAGAAUGAGAGAUUAACCCUGAUAGGGGAAGGAGGGUAGGACAGGCUGGCUAUAUACAUAUUCACUCACUCCCUUUACGCCGCCCUUUUUCUUCACUAGCUUCCUGAUCAUUUGAGUGGCCUAGCCUGAAAGGCAGCAAAGGAAAGUGGAGAACAUUUUUAAAAGCAGAAGGAAGACAGCAUUACUUGGGAGAGAAAAUUCUGCGAAGCUGAAGCGUGAGAGCCCUGGAGUUUGCGGUUACGUCUUCCUUUCUGACUUGUAUACUGUCUGAAACAGUGCUGAAGACAGGAAGUGUGAGAAGUUGCCAGAGUUUCUUCAGCUUUGAGACACUGGCAGAGGAGCUGACUACAGCUGGCUGGGGAUGACACCGGGAGGCAAGGGCACAUGGCUGAUCCUGCCAUAGGAUCCUCACGCCUGGCAAAAAUUGCAGUUUAUGUUCCAUGAGCCACAGAUGACUCCCAAAUAGUUUCUUGUGGGCUUCUAGAAAUUGUGCAGCCGAAUUUCAGCAACAAAUAGCUGAAGAAAUAGAAUGGCAUCCAUACUCCCAGCUGCUCUGCCUCUUCCUGUCGACAAGCGUUACUCCCAUUUAUAUUGUCAUGCUGUCAGCGUCCCACUGGAGGAGCCUCCGUCAAACCUUGCUGGUGCUCUUCUCAGCCACCCUUCUCAUUGGCAUAACCAUGCUGGCCAUCUCCUCUGAAGUCAAUCCUAUUGGGGUUUUCUUCCUUGUAGCAGGAGGUCUGAGUUUGGUUGGCUACCUCAUUAGUGUGGCAGCUGAACAAUGGCUGAAGCAUCACAAUGCAGGAGAAGAGACCCAGGCAGCCCCAAGAGCACAAAGUCAAGAUGGAGACAACACAGCAUAUGAAGCACCAACAUAUGAGGAAGUGGUGGCUACUGGCUACUUGUCAGAUUCAGUGCCAACAAUUUGGACCAUUACAUCCAGUCCUGGAAUAACCCAAGGAGAACCCCCUCCAUAUAGUGUGGUUAUUGAGCCUCCUGCCCAUGGAGAGACUGUGGUGGAGGCAUUCAGUGUCUCGGUGGCACCAAGUGCACGGCGGGCCUCUGAAGCAGAUCUGCAUUCCAAGGUGCGCCUCCGACUGGUCCUACCACCAAGACUAAAACGCUUUGUCUCAGAUAUUCAUGAACUCAAAGGGAGUGAAGAGCGGCUUGAACGACUGGAGCCUCUCACCCCACCUCCUGCCUAUGAGAAUGUGACUGGUGACGAGGUCUUCGAAGGACAAUUUCAGCCUUCAAAACUUUGACUAAAAGGCUGGAGAUUGAUAAGUAGUGCCACUACUACCACGUCACUUCUCUCAAGCCCAUUAUUAGCUUGAUGUUAUAGCCUGGAUUACAUCUGAAGCCAAGUUUGUUUUCAGGGGCUGGGCUCUCUUUUUAUGAAAAAUGCAUGUGUUACAGGCAUGCAGCCGUGUUAGGGCCCCCUUCUUCCUUUGGUGUUUCUUUUGGAAGGUGGGAGAGGUAGAAAUGGUUCUUAAACAUUUCAUUCAAUGGUUAGAAAUUUCCAAAGCCGUUCAUAUGUUCUUAGCAGUGAACAGUAGCUUAGGCUGCCUAGGAACUGGAGAACAAAAGACUGGUUGGCAUACCUGGAAGAGGCAGAUUGUAGUCACAGAUUGUCCGUAAUUUGCCUCCCAACCUCCCAAAACUGCUCCUUGGAUUUAAAGGUAGGCUGAAGGAGUCUUCAGAAUGGCGCCUAUCCAAACAACUAGCUUACUCCCAAACAAAUUGAUAGAAAUGUAAAUACCACUAAUACUUAUGGAAUUUACUUUUCAUAUAAACAGAAGUCUGGAGAGAGGGAAGAACAAACCAGGAAGACAGCCAGUGAAGUAAAGAUUAAAAAAAAGCAGGAAGUUGCUUUUAAUUAUUUUUACUUAAGCUUCACUGAUAAACUAGUCUAGCUUUUAAAAGAUCUUCGUGGGAAGAUUAAAAACAGCUUAUAAAGUACAAUACACUGGUGAUGAUUCACCUUAAAACUUGUUUCUCUUAUUUUCUGUGUCAUACUUGUCAUGAUAAGUGUUAUCAUUCACAUUAUUCUGCAUUUUUCUAUCAUGAGUAGGCAUUUUAUCCAAAUGUUUAUUUCAACAUUUCCAUUAUUUCUGAAUGGAAGCUAACUAUAACAACCAACAACCUCCUCCUUAACAUCAAGUAGGGGCAAGCAGGAGCAAGUAGGGGCUCUGUAAUACAAAGAACAGUGCCCUGAGAAUACUAUAUAAGUUGGGGCUGUCCCAUUCUCUUCUUUCUUGGAAUUUGGCCUGCUUUAUGUGAAUCACAACAUGUAUAUGCGGAGUAUUCCUUGUUAUGCAAGAUAAUAAAUAUGGAUCUCUCUCAGAACCUUAGAAUCUCUCACGGUGAUAAGAAAAUAAGCUUUUAUAUACAGCAGUUCAUACAAGCCAGUGCAAUAUAGAUUUAAACUAAUUUAAUUAAAAUUGGGAAAUGAUUUACUGUAUCAGAUCUGUCUUUGGUGAAGGGUGCCAGUAAAUCAGAAGUCGCUAAUUUUACCUGUAAUAGACAUAACAUAGUAACUGCUCUGAAUAAGUAUGAAAUAAAGUUUUGAUGGCGAAUUUAGAAUCCAAAUAAAGCUAAGAGUGCCACUUUAAGAUUUUUUAAUAGAACAGUUUGAAUAAUUUCCAGAUAUGUUCAAGAGGUUCAUGUCUGAAAAUUAGCCAUCAGCUGCUUAAAAGCAGCAGUAACUGACCAAUAUAUGUUCUUUUUAUUGCUGACAUAUUAAUUGUUAAGGUGCAGAAGGAAGAAUUUGUAAAAAUGUUUUUAAAAUAUGCAAAAUUGUAAAAUAGAGUAUACAAAGUACAAACAUAUUUACUAGCUUCCUGGAUUUUAAAAGCAUAAGCCCAGUGCCCCCAAGGAAUGCUAUAACAAAAUAAAACACUUGAUCACAGAAAGUCUAUGGACUGAUCUCUUGCAUCCAGAAUAACAAACUGCUGGAAGAUGCUAGCUGAGUAAGUCUUUUUUUUUCAAGCAAUGCACUUUUAGGAAUCCCUGGGAACAAACCAUCUAUAUGAUACCUGUGUCUGUUAGGCUGAGGGAGGUCAGAAAAGAAUAGGGUACUGGAAAUGAAAUGGAGAACAGAACAGUUCUUUUAAAAGAUAGUCCUUUCAAACACACUGAUGUUUGAAGAUGAAAAGGGUUCAGCCCUAAUCUUCUGGUUUGAAUGGACUGUUCAUGAGUUUCAUGUACCUCAUAGCACCCUCCUGACCAUGCCAAAUUCCAGUGGCAAAAUGGAUGACUUUAACGGCAUACUCUGGGGGGCAUUUGAGGGAUAUUUAAAGAACAGUGAUAGAAGUGUUUUGCCUUCCAGGUCUCUUCCUUCCAUUUCCAACCAAAAACUCCUCUGGAAACAGGCCCCAAAAUACAGUCCUGCUCCUUCUGGUAGUUGGCUUCCUGCAGCCUUGUGGAAGUUUGUGAGGCUGAUUUCUGUCUCCCAACCUCCCAGAGUUGCUCCUUGGAUUUAAUGGUAGGCUGAAGGAGUCUUCAGAAUGAUGCCUAUCCAAACAACUAGCUUACUCCCAAACAAAUUGAUAGAAAAGUAAAUACCACUAAUAUGUAUGGAAUUUACUUCUGUGUGCCUUUGCUUAGUGUUGCUGCUAACAGUUUUAAAGCACUGCUGAACAUACACAUGCACUGAACAAAUGCAUUCUCCGUCAACUCUUCAUAGAGUUUUUGUGGGCAAAACCAUGUUUGCUUGCAUGAGUUUAACUGGAUCAGUGGGCAGUUUCAGCUCAUUUCAUAUGAAUAUAAGAAGUCUUUUGCUGAACCAGUUAAAAGCCAAUCCAUGCAAGUAUUCAGUUUUUGGUAGUGGCCAACUUGAUAUUUUUGGAAACUCAGAAGAUGGGCAUUGUAUUUUUGGUAUACAAGGCUGCAGUCAAUGUUUUUCAGGCAUGAGAUCUAUUGGGAUGAUGCAUUCCAUCAUAAUCUCGUUACUCAAAUUCAUUUUAUGAAUGCUACUUAUUGUCUACUCAUGUUGUAGAUGCCGAAGAGAGCUUUAUGGAAUACAUUGAAAAGAGUUUCAUAUACUACAGCAACUGCAAAGUACAAUCUUACUGGUAAAAAAAUCCCAAGUAUUUUCAUUGUUGUUGUCCUUGAGUGAUGGCCAACCAGCAACAAAGUGGAUGGACUCAGUUAGAGUGGUGAUGAGUACACGACUGGAAGAUCCGAAAGACUAGAUUAGGGACAGAUUGUCAUGGAGAAAUCUAUCUAUAUGGUUGCUAAGAGUCAACAACAAUGUGAUGGCACAGAAUCAAUCAAUUAAUCAAUCAAUCACUGAUCAUUUAGGUCAGAUAGAUAUCCUUAUCAAGUGAAGAAAGCAUCUAUCAGUAAAAGGUGAGUUGGUCUUCCAGAAAUAGUUGAGUUGUCUUUGGUGGUUUGUACAACCAGUGAGCAGCACUUACCAAAUGAUCAGAAUGAUAAAAAAGCUGCUAUUGGGAGCAAAACUAAUUUUUAUUUAAAUUUAAUCCAAUUAAAGCACAUUUUAUCACUGAAUAGUGGUAGUAGACAGCUGCAUUCAUAGAAUGGAAGGCUGACAGUCCCAGCCUCCUCUCCCAGAAUUCCUCUGGGUGUUCACACCCUGGCCCCAUCUUCUGCUUUGGGGUAGCAGCUUGGUAGUUCUGCUGCAUCAUUCACCUUCCGGGGACACCUCUCUGGUAUCCACCCCAAACUUUGGUGUGUGUCUGAGACAGAGCUGUCACAACCUGUGCUGGCUUUGGGGCCAUUAAAAAGUAAAAAGGCAAAAAGUGAAAUAAUUUCAACAGUGCCACCUCCUGGCCUAUCUCCUGAAUUUGACAAAGCAUCGAGCUGAUACAGUGCAUCAAAUGUGGAAA